CUAACAAGCAUGUAUAACGAAGAAACUGCAGAGCUUAUCUAAGAUGAAAGAAUGGGAAUAUUUGUUGUGCCUGCAGAAGUACCUGACAAUCAUGGAGAAGUGAAAACUGGUUAGUGAUGCUACUUUUAUCAU